AUGGUGCACCCGCAUGCAAUGUCAUCAUCCCAGACCAUGGCGGCGUCGCUGCUGGGGCAAAGACCUCACGAUGCGGCGUCAGAGAGGUCUGCGAUGGACCUCCAGGUCGACCGGUGCGAGCAGUCGAAGCCGCCAGCCGCCAGCGACGUCACCCCCAAGCUCGAAGCAUCCAAUAAUGCGACGGCCGAUCAACUCAAAGCCGUUUCCGAAUCUGCUUUUCUAGCGUUAUCUGAUGACUACAAGAAACAGACUGAGCGUGAAAAGCAAAAUGCGGCCAGCGCUCUCUUGGCACAACUCUUGUCAAGCAAACCGUUGAAUAACCCCCCCGAAGAAGAGCUGGUACCCGACCAAAACCAAUCGUCUACUGAAAUGGAACUCGAUGAAAAAAUUCCUCAGUCCCGGAACCCUUCACCUCGUCCGUCACCGCAAACCCAACUGAACGGCGACAACCCUCCCAUCGAACAAGCUCCACCGCCAUCAUGUGCCCAGGCCGACGCCGCAUUGGAUACAAGUGAAGCACAAAAGGCCACCGAAGAUAAUUUGAUGCCUGAGGCUUCGCAGGAAGACAGCAUCGAAAGGGAACACAAUCUAAUUCUGGAUGCAAUUCAGAGCAACGCAAAAGCCAACCCAGAUUUUAUCCCGAUGUUCUCGGACUUCACGCCACUCCCGGCUCCUAGAUCCGCGAAGGAAGCCCUUUUGCAAAGUGAAAUUCUUACGGAUGCAUACUUUGGCGCAGUUGGUGGUCCUACACCCAGAAUCGUUGGCUAUCCGGAGCUCCCUACUCAAAAGGAUGCCAAAGGUACAACAAAUGACUCUGGAUCUGUCUCUGGGUCGGAACCUAGAAUCCAGGCUUAUGCUAAGCUGGAAUUUGAUGAUGGCCACUUCUACGUCAAUACCUAUUCUUUUAUCCUCGGUCGUGAUGUUCGUGCUGCUCGCGCUGCUUUUCAGCGAGAAUUGCAGCUAAAGCAGCAAAAAGCUCAGAAUGGGAAUGGCGUCCGAACCCCAAAACGGAUAAAACCGGAUAAUAACCACACGAUCAUGGGCAGUGUGAUCAGUGAUACCGGUGGCAUCAUGGGCUUUGACCCCGAUGUUCCCCAACAUUGCCCACCUCAGAUGAGCUGGAAGUCCUCCAAUUCUUCGAAUGGUCACCAUAGCCACCCCAUGUUGCAUAUGACCCAAGCGGAACCUGACAUGUCAACUCCAGUUGAACCUCCUCGAGUGAUGAAGGAUUACAAUGCCCUCGCCAUGGAGUCGUUACAGAAUGGAAAUGAGCCAAAGAGAGUAGAUACACUUGCUUUGCUACCGACACCGGAUUCUUGUCCAAUCAUACCGAUACAUCCUCCAGCUUCAGCCAACGGAGUUCCCUCAUCUCAUCGUGGUAUAUCAAGAAAACAUGUCAAGAUCGCGUACAAUUUUCACGGAAAUGUAUUUGAAAUGGAGGUAAUGGGAAGAAAUGGUGCCUUUAUGGGCGCAGAUUGGCUUGCACCAGGCCAGGUCCGCCCUCUUCAUAGCGGUGAUUUUAUACAAAUAGGUGGAGUGAGGGUGAGAUUUCUACUCCCAGAUGUCCCGAUCGGAGGGACCGGUUCGGAGGCAAUGGAAUCGCCAGUACCCGAGUCUAAUGAAGCCGCCCGUUCCCGCCCUGAAGAAGGCAGUGCUAAGAUCGAGAGUGAAGGAGAAGCCGAUAAUUCUGGUGGAGAGGACUCCGCGCGUAACAAAGAAGCUGGUAAAGUGAAACUCAAGAAGCUGACAGUGACGGUAUCCGGACAAAAGCCAUCAACAGAAGAAAGUCAGACUCCUCAGCCUGCUCGUCGUCGUGGCCCUGGUCGCCCGCCAAAGGAUGGCAUCAUGUCAAAGCGUGAGCGGGCAGAGAUAGCGCGUGAGCAGAAACUAGCUGCUCGCCGUGAAGCCAAUGGUGGAGUGACGCCGCCUCCAACGACCAAAUCGAAGGCGUCCAAGUCCGGGAAAGACGGGGAAGCUGAAGACCAACCCGCAGUCAAACCGGAAAAGCGAAAAUAUACAAAAAGGAAACGACCUGAUUCUGCUCCUGGUGAUUCGGUUGUGCAGUCCAUAGAGGGCGGCGAUGGAAACAUUGCGCCAGGACAAGAAGAGCCUAUCAAGCCGGCGCCUGUCAAGAAGCGCAAGCCUUCCAGGUCACCUUCACCUGACUACCCUCCAGAAAGCUUUUACACGCCCAAAGAACUAGCGAAACCACCAUAUAAUUACGCCGUAUUGAUCUACGAUGCGCUAUCUGAGUCUCCAACUCCCAUGACGCUGAAGCAAAUUUAUCGUGCAUUAAAACUAAAAUAUCCAUACUUUCGCUUUAGGUGUGAAACUGAAGGUUGGACUUCAAGUGUGCGGCAUAAUCUGAACGGCAAUAACCAUCUCUUUAUGCACGCUGAACGAGAUGGCAAAGGGUGGUCAUGGAAACUGAUUCCGGGGGCGUCAGUGGACAAAGAAAAGAAGCGUCGUCCAUCUCCGCCUCCCCAGGACAUAACCAACCACAACAACCAGCCUUUCCUCCCGCCCUCAGCGGUUCCGCAGUAUACUAUUCCCCACGGCAUGCCUGCACAGCAUCCCCCGCCACAAUAUCCGUAUCAGCCAAUUACCCAACAUCCAACCCCCAUGGCUCCUCCACCUCUCCCUCCACCUCCACCUGCCCGCCGAGCCAACCCGUUUCCUUUCACCCUGCCUCAUCUGCCACAGACUGUAUUGCCAGAGCAUGACUUACCUCGACCGUUUUCUCUCUUACGAUCUCCGGUGUACAGCUCACCCUAUUCUUCGACUCCACCGCCGCCUCACUUUCCGCAUCCACGACAUCGUCGAGCUCCACCGCAACCACCGCCCCAACGUCGACAACCUCCGCCAUCGGGGCCAGUGGCACCGCCGCCACAAAAUUAUAAUGCUCCAAGCAUUAUAAAAUUUCAAUCUCAACCGUACAAUGCAGUUCCCCAUCCCAGCCAGCGUCCUCCACAAGCCCCUCCUCCACCCCCUCCCGCUGUUCCUCUACAUCCCAUGCCGCCGGCGCCACCUCCACCGCCUCAGAACACUUCACCGAUUUCAUCGUUAUCUCUCAUUAACCAAGACCCGGCAUUCCUUUCCCGAGCCAACCAGGCAAUCGAUAAUUUCGAGGCAGUUCUUAUGGAAGAUUAUGAAGAUCAGGAGUACAUCAAGAAGGUUCUAAGGAGUGCCCGUGAUCGCGUCCUCAAUGGCGCAAAGGAGAGUUCUUUCCCUGGUGGAGAGCCGAAAGAUGAAGCCGUAAUCAUCAAUGCUCUUCGCGGAAUUAUCGGCCAGUUGACGGGAGACCAGAGCCAAGCAGGGAUACCUUAA